AUGGCGUUAGCCCAGGUUGAAGCUGGGCAGAUCGCCUUCUCGGUAGCGUUCAGAGAAGAGACUACUCUCCUGGCAGACAAGGUGGUGAAGUACUCACACAUCUACACUAACCAUGGAGGCGCCUACAGCAAGGCUGCGGGGAUCUUCCGAGUGCCGCGGAACGGGAUGUAUGUUUUCAAUCUCCACGGCAAAACCCAGAGCGGGAAAGAGCUGCACUUGGAUCUCUACCACAACGAUAAAUAUUUGAUUUCAGCCUUUACCAGAGAUUCCUCCCAGUCUCAGAGUGGGGCAAAUUCCGUAGUUCUACGACUCAUCAAAGGAGACGAGAUCUACGUGAAGACCCGUGGUGCUGCAUCCGUUUUUGGGCGACCUGAAACAACUUAUGUGGUCUUUAAUGGAUUUAUCCUGGGUCUAUUGAGCAUCCCAGAUGAAUAUCGAGACUGA